AUGGUUGCGGUCCAGUUGGUGCAGUCAGCUGUUUUGGUGUCCCUGCUGGUGGCAUUUCCGGUCUCUGUCACGACUUCUGAAAACUCGAAUGAAACACCAACGUUCAUUCUUUCCUCCCCUGGGGAUUCCCACACAGCUCAAAGCAUAAACAAACGCACUGUAUCGUUCAGUUCUUGCACGGGCGUGUACGACCGCGAACUCCUUGUAAGGCUCGACCGCGUGUGCGAAGACUGCUACAACCUCUACCGCGACGUUGGAGUGGCGGCCGAAUGCAGGAGAAACUGUUUCCACAACGAGGUAUUCCUGUACUGCGUGGACUACAUGUUCCGGCCUCGCCAGAGGAACCAGUACCGGGCCGCCCUUCAGAGGCUCGGCAAGUAA